CAGUAUUGUGGGUGCUAUUUUAAAUCUAGUAAUACAUAGUACUAUUGUUAAGUGAGUACGUAACAGUUCGCAAUUUGAAAGUGUUGAUUUUGCAUUUUAUUUCUGAUUUAUUUUUAUUUCUAGCGUAGGUAGUUAUAUAAUUAAUUACCCCACAACGUAGACAUCCUAAUCGUAGUUACUAGAAUUAUUUUGUAGGUUGCUUUAGCUGCUUUAAAAGGUAAAAUGGGAACUCACCCUAUCAAAUAUUUCUUACUUAACAAAAACGAAUUAUCAUACGAGGUUCUUAUUAGAGGAGAGGAACCAGCUAGCACUGUUCUAGGGUUGCGUAAACAAAUAAAUAAAAUUAUAUUAUCGGUACCAGACGAUGAAAUCAUAGAUUCUGGUUUACCUAUUUCUGAGGACUGUGAGGGUGUUUUUACUUCUAUUAAAGAAUUAGGUUCAAAAGUGAAUAGUUUACAUGAAAAAUAUGAUUUUAAUUUGUUUCAAAGAACUACGACUUUGCAUAAUCACAUUUACUAUCGGCUGAAGCGGCUCGAUAAAUCAGAUUCAUCAUUUGCUUCUCAAAUAAAAUCUUUAAACAAAGAAUUUGAUUUACUUUCUGGUAAAUUAAUGACCAUGAACAAAUCUGUUUCACCACAAAGUGCCACUUCAGAGCCAAGUCCUUCUUCAUCAGGCGACAAUUCAUCCACUAUUACUGUACAUUGCGAUCAUUCUAACACAACAGAUCUGAAAAUUAAAUACGACGGUAAAAGUUGCGUUCACGCGUUUGUGCAGAGAAUGAAUGAGUAUAAAACCGUUCGUAACCUACCCUCAAAUAAAUUAUUAAUGUACGCAGCUGAUAUUUUUACUGGAAAUGCACUUCACUGGUAUCGCAGUGUGCGUGACUCUGUUAAUGAUUGGGAUGAGUUAAUAGCCCAGCUUAUAGAGGAUUUUAGCCCGGUAGACUACGACUACAGGCUUAUGUCAGAAAUACGAAAUAGGACUCAGGGUGAUCAAGAAAAUAUUAUCAUCUAUUUAGCUAUAAUGUCAGAACUUUUUUCACGCUUAACGAAAAAAUUAAGUGAACAAGAUCAGUUAGAAAUUCUAUUACAUAACAUCCGCCCAUGUUACUCAACAGUUUUGGCUUCUUGUAUCACCGGGAUUGAAUCCANUGUAAAGCUAAAAAAAUUCCGAGCUACUCAAAACGACUAG